AUGGCGGCCCCGCAGCUUCACAAUCGAAGUCCAUCGCCUGCAUCGACACUUUUCGUCGUAUCCAAGCACCCAUCAUCCCCUUUGCCCACAUCCCCCCUCCCGCUUCACAUCUAUCCAUUUCCCAUUUCCCUGCGUGAGACCAUCCAGAAUGGACUCCAUAUGCCGCGACGGCACGCAGCUUUUGCUCCUGGCCCGGCCAUGCUCCUCACCUCUCAUCCACUUCAUCAAACUUCGGCUAGUGCCGCCUGCCCAUAA